GGAUUAUGAAUGAUGUAUCUCAGAGACCCGUUAUCACAUCCGUGUCGUGAUCCAUUCAUGACGGAGUUACACAGCGAUACAAAGUUACAUGCGCUAUUAUAGAUCUGUCAAUAUUACACUUUGUCAAACUUUAUUCAACUCGCACGACAAGUCCGUAUUCUAGAUGCAUUUUCGUUUCAGGAGACAAUGGACAAAGGCAAACAACUGAAAUCAGGAUUAUUCGCAUUAGUGGCGCUUGUGUUACUAUUAGAGAAUACACAACAAUCUGAAUUCUGCAAUGAACCUGAGAAAUGCGAUAAGUGGACUGUAACAACCCACAAGACACAUGCAGAUGCUGUAGUAACGUAUGAGCAGCUAAAACACAUGUUGUCCACUGGAAGUGUUCAGCUCUUCGACGUGCGUGAAGCCAAUGAGCUUAAAACUGGUUUUAUUUCAAUCGCCGCCAACAUUCCAUUGGGAGAGAUUGAUCAGGCCUUAAGACUAAACCCAGAUCAGUUUAGAGAGAGGUACGGAGUCCUAAAGCCCAGGACAGAGGACACAGACUUCGUGCUGUACUGCCAGAGAGGACGUCGCAGUCUCACUGCACUGAAGACGGCUUGGGCUCUGGGCUACACCAGGGCUCAGCAUUACGCUGGAGGAUAUAAUGAAUGGAUUCAGCGUGAAGCUCAGUAAACCAGACGAACAAGCUUUACUCAAUCUAGAACUUCACAGUAAAGCCUGUUUCACCUGACCUCACAACAUGACUGAAAGCCCACAGGCCAAUGACACAUCUUUUAAACAUUUCACACAGACGUGUCUCUGUUUUUUAUUCUAAUGACAUUGGAGUGUCUUGAAAACAAUGCAGAUGAAUGGAAGAUUGUUUAAGGGUAAUUUUGUCAACCAAAAUGUGAACUUUUCACUUGUUUGUAAAUCCCUGUGAUCUGAAGUUUUAAGGCAAGGCAAGGCAGGGUAAGUUUAUUUAUAUAGCACAUUUCAUACAAAAGGCCAAAUUAAAGUGAUUUACACAAAAUGAUUGACAUAAGAUAUGUCUUUAAAAUGCAAAUUAUUUAAGAUCACAAAUACAAUUAAGACAAUUUAAAACAGAUUUUUAGAAACACUAAAACAGCAAUACAUUUGAGUGUAUAUAUAAAAAGGAUAUGAACAAAAGAAAAAGAAAUUAGAAAUAGAAGUGCAGUAUAUGUAAACCAACACAGUGCAUGCUCAGGUUGUGAAUGCACAGCUAAACAAGUGUAUUUUUAAUCUGGAUUUAAAAGUAUCUACUGUUGGUGAACGUCUGAUGUCUUCUGGAAGCAGAUUCCAGCUACGGGUUGCGUAAUGGCUAAAUGCUGACUCGCCCUGUUUUGAGUGAACCCUUGUUAUCUCUAACUGACUUGAUCCUAAUGAUCUGAGAAGUCUGUUUGGUUUAUAUUUAAUAAGCAUUAUUCAACACACUGUACACUCCUGAACAAAAUCUUAAGACAGGGGGAAACAUUACAAGUAUUCGCAUUUCUUGCUGGUGGAUCCCAACCAGGCUGUAAGUACUGCUUCAAAAUGAAAAAAAAGAAACCGGAGCAAGAGACAAAAAUCAGAGAGUAGGCAAGUUUUUGAAAACUUCAUUUUGACUCAAACAGGCUGUUCAUUAGCAAUUUAAACUACUUAAAUAAGCAUUAUGCAUUCUUACAUUGUCUGCAUUCAUUUCCAUGCUGGUUAAUCAGCACAGUCCGGCGACACUAGUUGCCAGCAUCCUGGUCUUUUCUUAAGGAUUGACAACUAAAGUAAACGCAUAAAAUAUGGUCAAUAAAACCAAAUAUUUUAACUUUUUGCCAAACUUUUCAGCUGUUAUGUAUCGGACUUCGGAUGUCUGUCAGGCACAAAAUAAAUUUUGCUCUGCCCGCCAUCAAAGAAUUAAAUCUACAGAAACUGCAUAUGGAUGAAAUGUUCAGGAAACUAUAAUAGGAAAAACUGACACUUCACACCAUCACGAUUAAAACCUUUUAAUUUCUUAACUCUUCCAUCUUUGAAAAAAGUUGUGCUUAUGACAUUGAACAGAAAGAACAAAAAGUGAGAGUAUGAGGAAGUAAUAGUCUUUAGUUGGCAAAAGAAAGCUAGAAGAGAGAAUAAAAAAAUUCAUAGAGGGGUGAGAUGAGAUGUGCUUAAAUAAAAUUAUAUUCAUGUAACAUGACCUUAAAUAAACAAAAAACAAACUUC